AUGUCUACUUUGUUCAACCUCCAAAUCAUGGACGCCCAUUCACUUUCAAUAGCAGAUAAAUCUUCACAGUCAUCUGAUCCAUACAUCAAAUUUCACACGUCAAAAACAAAAACACAAAAAAGUAAAAUAAUAUCGAAGACGCUAAACCCGCGGUGGAAUCAAACGUUUCAAAUUAAAGCGGAAUUUGGGGAAGAAGUUGUUUUUGAAGUUUGGGAUAACAAUACAUUUACGAAGGACAAACCACUUGGUAUAGCUGUUUUGGUGAUUCCCGAGAUGGAAAAAAAUGAACGUAUUUACGAUGUUCUUACAAUUGAUGAAGGUGGUUUGUUGUCUAUAAACAUUCAAUGUGUUACUGAAGGUGUUCCACAUCCCAAAGAGCUAACAACUUCGUCGACAGAAUGCGUGUUGAUGUUUAACGAAUUUGCUACAAGCACCAAUUUAUUCAUCAAAAAUGCCAUUUUAAAGUUAAAAAUCGAAGGAAAGUUUGAGAUUUCAUCAAACCCGUUUAUAAUUGGCACUGGAUCAUUUGUUACAUUACCAACAUGGUUUGUUGUAAAAUGUAAACCAAACGACAAAAUUAUAUUUGAAAUUCUUACACAACAAAUUGUGGAUGGAAUUGGUAAAUAUGUUGGAACGUUUGUUGUCCCAGACUAUCGAGAAAAUGAAAGUGAAGAGAAUGAAAACAUUCCAAUAAAAGAAUUUGGAUCUCUUUAUAUGAAAAUUAAAUGCGUCAAAAGUGUCUAUAAAUACUCUGAUUUAAAACAAAUACCACAAGACGACGAUUUUGGUAUUUCGGAAAACAAGAAGUUGUGUUUGAAUGUGUACAACGUGGAGGAUAUUUCAUUCGAACAUUUCAACCCAAACCACGACCAAAAAAUGCAAUUUUGUAUAGAAUUUAAAACGAGUAGCAGAAAGAAAAAGAACACUGCGUUUAACAAUUUUUAUCCAAGUUCAUACUUCAUUGCGGGGUAUAGAUUUAAAUGUAAAAUUGGAGAAGUAAUUGAAUUUAUACUCGUUUCUAAAGAUAAACAUGGAGAAAUAAAAGAAAUUGGAAAGGCAAAAUUGUUAAUUGAACAUAAGUCUGCAACAUGGAAAAAAGAAGAACUUAAAUUCGACACUUUUGGUAAAUUAUAUGUAGGUUACAAAUGGAUGAGAGGGGUUUCAGAAAAAUACAAAGAAAUUAUGAGUUGUUAA